AUGCACGACUUAAUGAAUCAAAUGGAUUCCGCAGGAUUCAUCAGCAUUGACUGCGGCCUGCCCGAUGGCUCGGGCUACAGAGAGAAUGUCACGGGGAUAACCUACGUUCCCGAUACCCAGUACGUCGACGCGGGGGAGACGAAGACCGUUGCGGCGGAGGGCUUCGCCAGGCGCUACCGGACCCUCCGCGUCUUCCCAGAAGGGGUCCGGAACUGCUACAACCUCCGGCCGGUGCAGCCGGGGGGCAAGUACCUGGUGCGAGCCGGGUUCUUCUACGGCAACUACGACGGCCUGCAAAGCCCUCCCGAGUUCGAGCUGCACAUCGGGAUCAACGUCAGGCUCACCAUCCGAUUAUCAUCAGACGACAGCAGUCUUUCCGAGGUCAUCAAGGCAGCCCAGGGGGACACCCUAUGGGUCUGCCUGAUCAACACGAACAAGGGGACGCCCCUGAUAUCGACGAUCCAGAUGAGGCAGUUCCCAGACUUUUUAUACCCCCACGCCAAUGCGUCUCAGAGUUUACAUCUCCGACGGCGCUUCAACUUCGGAACAGAGGCCCCGUUAAGGUGAAGGCCAUCCCCAUGAACAAUACAUACUUGGCUAACUCACCACAUUCCCCCUUUGCUGUCUUCGUAAUGCAGUAAAUAACAAACUGGGUAGGGGCGCUUUCUUCCAUGAAUGAUCUAUUAUCAGCAUGAAUCUGAGAGGCAAAGUCAACUCGCCUGUAGGUACCCAGAAGACCCCUACGACCGCAUCUGGAAAGGCUUGGUGGGAAGUUUUCCUGUGAUUAACACCACCAGACGAGUGGAGACGACUCCAACUGACCAUUUCCAGGUACCCUCGCGGGUGCUGGAGACGGCCAUCUCGUCUCGAAACAUCAGCGUCGGGUUGGCCAUCUCGGCGGCCGUCGGAAAUCAGGACGACGUAGUCUACGCCGUCUUGCACUUCGCCGAGCUCCAAAAUUUGAGCCGCCACAACCAGACGAGGAUCAUGGACAUCCGCGGGAAGGGCAGCGCUGAGGCGAUUCUAAGGAGUUACAGCCCUCCGUUCCUAAAGGCAGCUCACGUAAGGAUCACCAACGCCGCAGUCGGACAGACGGGGAUAUACAACAUCUCCCUGAUCCCCUCGAACGCAUCGACCCUGCCUCCGAUGAUCAACGCCAUGGAGAGCUUUCUGGUGAGGAAAGUCGACGAACUGCCGACUGACCUGGGCGAUGGUGAGACCCCAUUAACCUCCCCUUAUAAUUUCAUUUUUCUAUUAAUUAUUUCGUCUCUCUAACACUCAUUCUAACUUUUUGAAAAACAAUUGGCUAUUACGCCGGACUGAGUUUACAAAAAGACGAGCGGCCCAACCGUAAAACCAUCAAUUUUCUCUAUCUCUUCUUAAGAAUGUGCCAAAAAGGUCUCCCAGAUACCUCGAUAUCGCUGGCUGUUUUUACCUGGGUAAUUCGACGCGGGAGAAAAUCCUGCGUUUCUAUUUGUUCAAAUCUCGAGUAUUUAUUUGGCGCGAUCUUGUCUCCAGUUCGUGCCAUCCAAGGCAUCAGGUCAGCGUACAAGCUGAAGAGAAAUUGGCAGGGGGACCCAUGUAUGCCCAAAGAUUAUGUCUGGGAUGGGUUGCGCUGCGACUACUAUGACGGCGUCGACACCCCAAGGAUCAUCUCUUUGUCAGUGGGUUGAACCCAUUCGAUACGAAACCAAAUCCAGGUAUCCAACUCCAACCAUUUAUUUAUCAGAGUUGACUUUAUAUGAAUGAUGCAGGAACUUAUCGUCGAGUGGACUAGUUGGUGGAAUUCCCCCCUCUAUUGCGAACCUCACUGCCUUAACAACUUUGUAAGAACUCCUCAUGUGGUUUUAGAAGCUUUAGCUGGAAGGGACAUUUUUAAGGUUUAUAUUUUAAUUGAUUUUUUAUAGGGAUUUGUCAAACAACAGUCUUUCGGGUAUGUUUCCAGACUUCUUGGCAGAGUUACCUGCUCUUAAGUUGCUGUGA